GACUUGGUCCAGCCAAGCCAUGCGCGUCCUCGUCGUGUCUGCUUCCCCAACCACCACCGUAUAAAGGCCGCGCCACCGUGACCGCGUCGGCGUCGCCGCCGCCACCGCCGCCCGCCACCUCGCCGCCGACCAGACGAGCCGCCGUUUGACCCAACACCGAGCUCCCGCGCGGAGUUGAUGUCCAUCUCCCCUUCCGAAUCCACCAGAGGAUCCCAGCCGCUCGCGCCGCGCCCUUCCAACCCUAGCCCCGGACCCCGCCAUGGCAACAGCUCCGCCCCACCGCGCCGCCGCGGCCGACGCUCCCCUACGGCUCCCGUCUCACCGCCCUCAGCCGCCGGCGGGAGCGGCGGCCCGAGCUCCGUCUCGGUGGUUCCAGCUAUCAGAGAAUAUGUUGAUACUUCCCAAAAGGUAGUUGGAUUCAGAAUCUCUAGAGAAGAGAAUGAUGAUUCAUAUACCCAAGAAGUUGGCAAUUUUUCUGAAUGCCACUCUUCUGAACAUGGGAAUUCAGGUUUUUCAGCCAAUAAUGGCACCUCAGGCCAGGCAACUCCUCAGAGACCUGAAUUGAUGGAAUCCCUGAAGAUUGAUCUAUCCACUACAAAUUCUAGUGGGAAUGGUACUCAGGUGACUGCUAGAAAGAAUCAGUCUGUAAAUGCCAAUUAUCUGCUGAAUUUCCACUAUGAUCCAAUUUCUCGGCCACAGCCUAGAGGCCCCAGAACAUAUCCUACAAGAAGACAGAGGAAGAUCAGACCAUACAACAAAGAUUUGUUCCUACAAGCAAAUUUUAAGUUUGUUGUGUUGGAUACUGGAAGCUAUGAAAUAGAAUUAAUGGAUCCAGAUAAGAUGCUCCAGUGGGAAGAUAUUGUAUGUGUAAGAUAUUAUAGCCCUUGUGAGGUGCAAUGCCCUAUUUGCUUGGAGAGCCCAUUGUGCCCACAGAUUACAUCAUGUGGUCAUAUAUAUUGCUUUCCAUGCAUUUUACGUUAUUUACUUAUGGGAAAAGAAGAUUACAAAGGUGAAAGCUGGAAGAAGUGCCCACUGUGUUUCAUGAUGAUCUCAACAAAGGAGUUGUAUACAAUCUAUAUUACUCAAGUCCAGCAUUUUCAUGUUGGUGACAAUGUGACAUUUACACUUUUGAGCCGCUCAAAAAAUUCACUCACUCCUUCUAUUAAGAACCUCACUGAUGAAUCUACUAUAGACGAAGAUCCUUGCAGUGCAUUCUCCAAGUUCAUUUUGACGUCUGAUGUGGAACUUUCUGUUAGAGAGGCAAAAACAGAUCUUGUUAAUUGGUUGCAUAUGGCAGAUUUAGGCCUUGUGGAUGACUUGGAGAAACUUCCAUACGUUUCUACCGCUUUGGAGCAGCUAGAAGAACGGAUGAAAUAUUGGAGUGAGUACAGAAAUUUUAGUGUCAGCCCUCCCCUAAAAGACAGCUUCUCACCUGUAACUAGUUCCAAAUCAAGGAACCCUAAUAAUGCACAAUCUUCACGCCAGAACAGUGAACACAAGCUAUCUCCUCUAUCAGAUGAAGAUAUGAUUGCUGGUGUUUCGGAGCUCUGUAUUUCACCUGAAUCAAAUAAAAUCUUUAAUAAAGGAAUGCCAUCGAAAACAGAAGAGAGAUGUAUGGCUCCCAUAGAUUCAAAUGAGAAUGAUACUUAUAAUUUUUACCAGGUAUCUGAUGGCCAACACCUAAUUCUUCAUCCGCUAAACAUGAAAUGCCUUAUAAACCAUUAUGGAAGUUCUGAUAUGCUCCCACCAAGAAUACAUGGAAAAAUCUUGGAGCUAGAAACUGUAACACAAUCCGAAGCUACAAGAAAGCGCUAUCGUUAUCUAAGUCACUUCUCAUUGACAACAACGUUCCAGUUCUGUGAAAUUGACCUGGGUGAUAUGCUGCCUCCUAGCUCAUUAGCUCCAUUCAUGGAUGAAAUCAAGAAGCGAGAGAAACAGAGGAAACGAACUGCCAAGAAGGAAGAAAGCGAUAGAGUGAAAGCCGAAGUUGCUGCUGCUGCACAGGCAUCUGCAAUGCUGUUUGAACAUACAAGCUUCUCUCCCAGUAGUGGGCCACAUGGCGAUUUUAUGUUCUCUCUGGAUGACUUUGAAGCUCUUGGAAACAAUGCUGGACCCUCCACGAGUCCACCAGCCAGCGAAAGAAAGCUUUUCUCCGAUGUUGCACGGCUUGGCUUUGCGUCUGCCCAAGACUCGCCUCCUCUAAGAGUUGAAUCUGGGGAUUUGACUGGCAAAAGUGAAAGCACGGGGGAACAAGGGCCAGCCGCAACACCCGCAUUAUCCUUUGCCAGCAUCAUUUCCUCCACUAGAGCGUCAGACAAUAGCCUGGACACGCACAAACCAAAUGUAGUCGGGAAGAAAGGCAAGAAACCCACCAAAGUGCUCUUGUCCACUGGCGGUGGCCGCCGAUACUGAAGGAAGAGUGACACUGGAAUGGAAGCAGUUGCCAGUUGGCUGUUUCCUAUAAGCAGUGUGUAUAGUGCAUAACCUGGACUUCACAUCUGUAACACUCCCAAGUCCCAAGUAGCAGCUUUUUCUCCCAUGUGGUUUGAUCUAAAUCGCCUGACUGUUUUAGAAGGUUUUUACUGUGUAUCUACAUCCUGACCCAUGCUAAGGGAGUAAGGGUGACUGCCCUGUCGCAAAAUGAGAAGAGCUAUGUAAAAUUUGAUAAAUAAUGAUGCUAAGGAUCAUGCGCAAUACUUUGCUCAAUGUACGUCGACGAGUUGAUCCGUCA